AUGGAGCUAUUCGCGACCUUGAACGUCCAGCGCGUCGAGGACCAGCGAGCGAUCGAGCGCGUCAUGGCCUCCAGGGACAAGCGGUGGCUCGCCAGCCUCGGACUGAAAACCACGCGCCCCUCGCAGACCUGCAGCAUUGAGGGCCGCGAAGACGAAGCGGAGGUGGAGCAGGCGGACCCCGACGCCGAGAUGGCAGCGCUGGAGGAGGCGAUCGAGGGAGUCGCCGUCUCCACGCAGCGAGAGAGCGAGCGACCAGUGCCGCUGACUAUGAAGCUCAUCCGCGAGAGUCUCGCGAUGGCCAGGAACCCAACGCGACGGGCGCGGACGCCCGAGGAGGAGGACAAGGAGAUCCAGGCCAUGCUGAGCAAGAAGCUGCUGCGUCUCGACUGGCUCGACAUCGGCAAGAUCGACAACCUCGACGCGUUCACACACGUGGAGGAGCUCUACUUGCAGUACAAUUUGAUUGAGACGAUCGAAGGACUGGAGGACCACGACCAGCUCUCGUUCCUGGCGCUCGCGGGCAACCGCAUCCGAGAAGUCAAGAACCUCCGGCACCUGCCUAAUGUAGAAGUCGAGCUGCCUCAGCACGAGCAGGACCUUCUCGAGAAGCAGGAGACGUUCGAAGCAGAGAACAAGGCCACGUUCAGCCUCGCAGACUACGAGAAGCAGCGGAGCGAGCGCAUGACCAAGUGGAAGCUCCAACUCACUGCGUUGACGUCACGGACUCGGGAACAACUCGCAGAUACCGGAGACUCCAUCCAGAGCGACGCAGCCAGUAGAUUCCACGAGAGGCGCAAGACGGCGCUGACCCGAGCUCGACGAGCCACAGACGCAGCGCUGGUAGAUGCCGCGAGUCACUUCAAGCAGGUGCGAACCCGCCUUCGUCGACGGAAAGCGAUGGCACGUUCGGCGUCAAACUAA